AUGAAUACCCUCAUCGCAAGGAGGCCUUUUCUAAGACACAGAUUCGGUACCGUAACCGCCGCACUCACGUUCACCAACGCCAUGCAUAUCCAGUCUAUUCCGAUGUGGGUGGGCAGUAGCAACAACUACGCCUACCUGGUCAAGGACGACAAGACCAACGACGCCGUCAUCAUUGACCCGGCCAACCCGCCCGAGGUGACCCCGGUGCUGCAGAAGGCCAUCAAGGGCGGCGAUAUCAACCUCACGGCCAUCGUCAACACGCACCACCACUGGGACCACGCAGGCGGGAACAAGCAGCUCCUAGGCGACCUCAGCCUGGAGAGCCUGCCCAUCAUCGGCGGCAAAAAUUGCGACGGCGUGACCAGGACGCCAGGCCACGGCGAGUCGUUCAACAUUGGCAGCAUCGCCGUCAAGGCGCUUCACACGCCGUGCCACACGCAGGACAGCAUCUGCUGGUUUAUGGAGGACGGGGAGCAGAAGGUCGUGUUCACGGGCGACACACUCUUCAUCAGCGGUUGCGGCAAGUUCUUCGAGGGUAACGCCGAGGAGAUGCACAAUGCGCUGAACAAGACACUGGCCUCGCUGCCAGACGACACGGUCGUGUUUCCCGGCCAUGAGUACACAAAGUCCAACGUUAAGUUCGCUGCGUCAGUGCUUCAGAACGAGGCGAUCCAGAAGCUGCAGGCCUUUGCGGAGAACAACAAGGAGACGCAGGGCAAGUUCACGAUUGGCGACGAGAAGAAACACAACGUCUUUAUGCGCGUUGAGGACCCCGAGAUCCAAAAGGUAACGGGGGAGAACGAGCCCGUCGCCGUCAUGGCUAAGCUGCGCGAGAUGAAGAACAACUUCAAGUGA